GCCAGGAGCUACCACUCGUCCUACAUGACGCCCUCCAGAACGAGCCGCUAUGUGCCGCCGCCCAGGAUCACUACCACCUACUCCAGCGAACUGCACCCUCGCUAUCCCAGGAGCAGCGACGUUAACGAGAGGGUGGUGAAGCGAGUGGAGCGAGUUGUCGAGACCUCGUCGUCCACGCCCCGCUUCUAUUAGAUCCUCCCCACACCACGCCUUCCCAGACCCCGCCCUCUACCUUUGCAUGCUGCUAACCGCAUUUUGAGUAGUUGAAACGUUUCUGACUAAACUAGUUUCGUAUAGAUUUACGGCGUGUUUGGGAGGUACGUAGGUCCACGGUCUCCAAAGGGAAGGCAUUGCGAGUUUGAAUGAAGGAACACCCCCAAAGCUAGUUUUUGCCUUGGGAGUAGUAUGCAUUAUUCUUUUUUUUGCUUUAAAAUUUACAAAUGUUCUACGCCAUCGACUUUUAGUGGGUCUGGGAAGUUUCAACAGUCUGCUACUGGCUUUCUGUAAAUAUGGCUAUUAUUAACCCGACUUUUGGGUAAGUCAUAUUUCUCGACACAAAAUCACUUUAACACGCCAGGUACGUAGGUACGGGUACGGUGGGUUGGGAGGUACGUAUGUCCACGGUCUCCAAAGGGAAGGCAUUGCGAGUUUGAAUGAAGGAACACCCCCAAAGCUAGUUUUUGCCUUGGGAUUAGUAUGCAUUAUUCUUUUUUUUUGCUUUAAAAUUUACAAAUGUUCUACGCCAUCGACUUUUAGUGGGUCUGGGAAGUUUCAACAGUCUGCUUCUGGCUUUCUGUAAAUAUGGCUAUUAUUAACCCGACUUUUGGGUAAGUCAUAUUUCUCGACACAAAAUCACUUUAAAACGCCCCCACGUCAACCUGCUGGGCAAUACCUGAAAAUUACUCUUCCAACGGAGUGGCCAGAUCGCGGUCUCCAUGAAGUCCUCAGCAAAUGUCUUCCUGACGACUUCGUAGUCAAACACCUGACACACACGGAGCCCUCGAGAGCACGAGGGAUGCAUGCACCAUCAGACAUCCUCUACAUUCUCUAACUUCCAGCGAUAAGCGUCGUUCACACGAAGCCAGCUGCCAUCUAUCUCGCAGAAUCCACACGUCGGCACGUCGUUCUAUUUCGUCUCGGCCUCGGCUGAGAACGGUAACGUUAUGUUUCGUCUCGGCCUCGGCUGAGAACGGUAACGAGCGCAUCCGAAUGAGCUUAUUGGCGUCUCCACGGAGCCGUGCCGCGUCCCAUCGUCCUUUGUGACCUGCCCAGCCUGCCAUCCGGCCAUUUUUUAGCCAAUUUCCGCCGGCGGCCGCCCCGACCUCGUCCUGGUCGCCAUGGCAACCGUCCGACCCGACCGCCGUCGCCCUCGGCCGGCGGUCCGCCGGCCCGGCGCAGCCCUCAGGCGCUUCCCGUGUAACCCGGGGUCGUGUACUGCAGGGUGAGGAGGACGAUAGCGACCCGGUGCCCACGGCGGGCAGCUACCUGAGGAGCGUCCCGACUGUGGCCCACCAGCGCCUGACUCCAGUCUCCGUGCCGGCUUACUCGUCGCCGGCAAUGCCGUACUAUCUGUGGGAGCCGGAGGAUGUCGUGGUGCUGCCGCGCCGGCGCACCCUCGCCCGGUUGUCGGACGAGCUCGACGACGACCCCGUGCUGAAGUGGUACGAGGACCGCAUCCACCACGCGCAGGCCGAGGCCAUCGCCAACGCCAACAAGCGCAUCAGUGACCUCUGCACGCCGCGGCCCCGCCACAUCUCGGUCGUGCCGCCAUACACGCCCAAACGCUACAAGGAGCCGGUCAGCUCGCAGUACAAGUACAGCAAGUACCGACCCCCGAUCACCGAGGACAUGAAACCCAUCCGGCGAAACAUCGAGAUCAAGUCACGCUUCGACAAGGCGCAGAGCGCCGCCCAGAACGAUUACAAGCGAAUGGGGGACUGUGCUGAACGUUCCACGGAACAGAGCGCGUCCAACAUCAAGCCCGGGGCUCCAGAGACGUCAGCUCAGGAGAACUAUUGUAACGGAGAGGCGCACGAAGAUCAAACUAAUGAAUAGGUCAUCAAUGACUGCUGGGCUGCCACGCCGAAGUCCGGCACUCGGCUUCAUCAAACUUGCGAUAAAAGUGUCCUUUCGGAGCUGUUGCCGUGUACUGCGGUCACUUUUCUGUCUCUAUAACAGUCAUGUCCAUUUCCACUGUCGCUAUGCUUUCACUAAGUCUAUGUCACGAAGCUUUAAUAAAACACGAAAGCCUCCUUCA